AGAAGGCAGCAGCCCACAAGACCUGAGGAGGCUCGGUGGAUUCUGCUGGGGAUGUGGGGCUAAGAGUCACCACAAUUGAAAGCUCUCUGGCUAAACCUCAGCACGAACUGCUGGACGGACAGACGGAGCAGUCUAUGCACAGCCUGGGAGGGAGCCUGCAGCACUCUGCACCAGCACUAGAGCGGAGCGUGGGACCAUGCUGUUCAUCUGGGCGCUGGCAUUUGCUGGAGUCAUGCAGGAGUGGGAGAUCUUUGCUGCUGCAGACCCUAUCAGUCUGUUACCUGGAAGUUUGGGAAGCUGGUGCCACGAACACAAUACAAUGCACGAACGCUUAGAUAUUAUUGAAGAGAAGGUAAUAAAAACUGUGGAGCAUCUAGAAUCAGAAGUCAAAUCACUCCUCAGUAUCAUCAGCGAGACAACAUCAGACCUCCCCACCGCCACAGGAGCCCCACUGAUAGACAUUUUUGAUGGUGACAUAAACAGAACAAGAAAAAAAAAGCAACAAAGUACAAAAAAAAAAAGCUACUGAAAAUAUUGUAGUUUUAAUGUCUCACAUCUAGUUGCUACUCAUGCAAAACCUGCUCCAAGAAAAACGUUGUCUG